AUGAAUAUCCUCACGUUAUUCUCUGCACUCUUCCUGCUCCUUGCGCCGCAACUUGCAUUCGCUGAUGACGAGAGCACUACAACAAGAACAACCACAAUAACCAACACCGUGACAAUUACCGUCUUCCGCUCCGCCGGCUCCCCCACCACUGCAGGAAAUUCCACUACUUCCACUCCUGCUCCCAACGCAGUUGUGGCUAAUACAACAAAUGUCUUCCCAUUGACUACAUCAAAUGCUGCUUUGGGCGUUGCGCCGACCGCGUUGCCAAUGGUGAUGGCUGGAGGUUUCGCGGUGCUGCUUGGCGCAGCUCUGUAA